UUAUUAGUAUCCCUUAUUUAAAGUAUUAUUUUGAUAAAUUUUUAACACGAUUAUUUAUCUUGUCAUUGUUUAAAACUCACUUAAAAAAAAAAAAAACUGGAAGAACAGUAAAAGAUUAAGAAAGUAAAUAAUUUAAUUUAUAUUGUCCCAUGAAAAUAUCUGUUGGUAUUAUGUAUUUAUUUAUCUAAAAUGAAGUAUGCCCUAAACUCUAAGACAAUGUCAGUGAGAUGUUUGUGCAAUUUUAAUGACAUAAGACAGAAACAAAGAAAGAUAUAUUUAGAUCUUGGACCAAUUUAAAAUUCAGUAUUCAGUAAUACUAACAAAUAUGAUGGCGAAGAAAAACUUGAACAUUGAUACAUUUUAUGGCAUACAACUUUUAUAUAAGAGUGAUAACUACAUCAUCUUUCUCAAAUCUAGUCAAAAUAAUUAUACUGAAACAUUCCUUCGUUUAAGUAGUUUUUACAUACACCAUAAUGUCUGUAAUUGAUAUAUUUAUUCAUGAGGUUACACAUAUUCAUACACAAGUAUAAUUUAUUAAAUUGAUUAUAUGAUUUAUUGAUAAAAUGUUGAUAUUUUUUUUUUAACUGGCAAUGCGCACAAUUUUCUUUAUUAUACAAAAAAACAAGAAGGUUUAAAAAGGAAUCUUGAACAUGUGUUACAUGUUUAUAAUGUUUAUACAGAUUUAAAACUUGCACAUAUAUGCAUACAUACACGAUAAAAGAGUUACAUUUGUUAAGUAAGAAAAUUUAUUAUAAUAUUUUGCAAAAAAAAAGAAAAAAAAAAGAAUCACUAUACAUAAAUAUAAUACUGUUAGCUUGAUAUUGUGAUAUAAUUAUUAUGGUGCGCAAAUAUACUUCAACUUAGUGUAACAUAAAUCAAGCUAUAAAAUACUGAUGUAGAUCAUAGUUAAUUGUUCCUGCAUCUACUACAGUUGUAUAUUUAUUGUACAUACAAUAUUUUAAAAUUAAGAUUAAAAUUACAUACAUAUUAUAUAAAUACAUAUUGUCAUUAAUAAAACGAAAUGACUGAUUACCAUACCAUCUGAGAUCUUUUUGUACAGAAAGCUAUUGAAUACUUAUUAAAAAUAAAAAAAUUUAAUUGUUCCCAAAAAUGUAAAUUUUCUUAGAUAUGCAUAGACAAAACAUCUGACUUCAGGAAAACAAGAAUAGUCCCACUUGAAGUAUAAAAUUAUUCACUCCGUGAAACAUGAAAUUCACGUUGAACCUAUACAGUUUUUGUAUUUCUUUUAACAUUAAUAAUUUAGACAAUUAGUUCGGGAAUAAUGUUUACAAAUGUCUCAACAGAAAAGUAAAAAAUUUUGAAAUGUAUGACUGCUUCAACAUGGCAUAUCAAGAUAAAACAAAUGCCUUGCAGUUGAACAUUAAAGUAAAUAGUGAAAACUUAAUACCAAUUUCACAAAGAUACAAUGCAGGAUCGUUGCGGAUACCAGCUGAUCCUUCCUGGCCGAAAAUACCACAGAGAAAAUUAGCUGAUGAUGUUAACGAUACCAUUGAACCUCCAUGUAUAAUCACUUUUACUGGGACACCUAGAAAGAGCCGCACUGUGGUUCAAACACCACUAAAUCAGUCACCUAAAUCUACAAUAACCAGAGAUAGUGCAUAUUCAUCCUUUCAUUGCCAAAGAGUUACCUCAAGUAUGCACACUUUAAAACGACAGCCUGGUUUCGUUGAUCCUCGUUUUAAAAAAGUAACCAAUACUAAAAGGAAUCACGUUACAUCAACUGAAUCAUUAGAGAAGAAAACGAACCAUUCUGACCUCACUAACUCUAUAGAACCUUUGCAUAAUGGAGAAUUAGUGGAGACAGUACCUGAGAGGGACAUUAAUGUGCAACAAAUGAAAAUACAGGAAACGGCAAACUCUCGCGGAACAGAAAAAGCUGAAGAGAUUAAGACAGAAACGUUUCAUAAAAGUAAUUGCGUUCAGAAUUCCAAGGAAGAUAACAUAGUUAAUAUCAAUAAAGAAACAAUUUUAGAACAAAAGAGUUGUGUAGAUAGUUCAGAAUUUAAAAAUUUGACUAACACUUCAAGAUCAACAAUGAAUGAUGUAAAAACACAGGUGGAUGUAAAUCCAUUACCAAUGCAAGAAAAUAAUGGACAGUUAUUUUAUGUGUUAGACAAGAAACUUCAACCGCAUCCCUUAAAUGCGAUACACGUUGAUACGAUCACAUUACCUCAAGAAUAUCUAAAACAAUGUUACAAUUUACAAGUUCCAGUUCUAACUUAUCAAAACAUACCGUUGCAAAUACCUACUAUAGGAACAAGUAAUAUUCUGCAACCGUGUUUGAGUAAUUUAGAAGAAAGAAACCAAACUGAAACUGUAUCUUUAAUAAAAAAAGAAGCAGAACAAUCUUUGCAUUCCUCUAACACAGAAUCCUUGAAACACAUAAUUCCAGACCAAAUGCAAAAUAUGAAUACACCUCUCAGUAAUGGUAGUAAUUAUCCUGAAAAUGUAUUUCCAGAUGCUGGAAAUAAAACUACCGAAGAGAAAAAUGUCUGUGCCAUUGAGAAGGAAAACAAAUUAAAAGUACAAAAUACAGUACCUGAUAGAAGUAGAGAAAACUGUUUAAAACUAAAUGGUAGCAUUACCAAUAUUUCAGUGAAUCCAAAUAUACCCGAAAAAUUAGAAAACACGCGAUCUCAGCGAAAACAACAAGAAUCUAGCGAUUCCGAGUACUAUGUUCCCAGUAUUGUUAAAAGAAAUAUACAUAAUAAUAUUUUUCAAAAUACAAAGAAAACUGUAUGCAUCACUAGUGGCGAAGAAACGACAGAUUCAGAAUUUAUUCCAAAAAAAAGUAUCCAGAGGAAGGAGUUUAAUGGUAUCAGUAAAUCUACAAUAAAAACUAACAGGAUUAACAUGGACUGUGAUCAAAGGAAUGUCAUAUUAACUGAAAAAAAUCAUCCUCAGUCAGUGCCUCGUUCAAAAGAACAUAAACCAUCUAUGUAUCAAGUAGCAGCAAGAAAUAAAUCUGAACAAAAUUUGUCUUGCAUAAAAAAUGAUUGUACAAAAAAGCUCUGCCGGAGUUCCGAACCGCAUAUCACUUUUAAACAAAAAAAGGCAUCAGCAAAAUUUUCUAGAAAAGCAAAAUCUUAUUUUCAAAAGAAUUCUCACUCUGCAUUGGUAGAUUCCGACUAUACUUUAGUGUGGCCUAAUUGUCAAUAUAAUAAACAUAAAUGUAGCCAAAUGAACAUUCGCAAAUUUAAUAAUCACAGGAUGAGAAAGAUUGGUCUUCAUUCUAAUGUCAAGUUACCCAUACAUGAGAAGAAUGGAAAUGCACAAAUCGAAAGUAAUUUAAAUUUGAACGAGCAAAGUUAUUUGCAAAAUGUUGAUGGGAUUGAUUCAGGUCAGGAAGUGAUCAAGAGUCUAUCAAAAACAGGCUUAAAAAAUAAUAAAUGUAAAUGUGAAAUUUCUCCUAGAUCAAAUGGUACAAUUGAAAGUCCAAAAGGCAUUUCUCCUAAAACCCAAGAAUUAUUGAAUAAAAGUUAUUGGGAGUAUUAUAACAGAUUAAGACACAAAAUAAAAAAUACAGGGAGCGUGGAGCAACAUCUCUAUCAACUAACAAUAGAUGGACCAAAAACUAAGAAGGGAGAAGCAGAUGAAACAUAUGAUAAAGAAUUACGAAAUCAAUUAAAACUGAAUCCAGAACUUCAAACACUACAACACUGUACAGCUCUUUCUAGCAUGAUCAAUAAAGCACUAGAUUCAAAUCAUCAAUCAGAUAUUAUGGAGACAACCCAGUUACAUUGUAAUGGAAACAUGAAAUCAUUGUCAGACCCUGUGGCUAAUACUCACAGUGUUGGUGCAAAUAAUAUGAUGUCAAAUUUUAUUAACGAUGAACCCUUACUUAAUAAACUGAGAUCUAAACAAACUAAAGAAAAUGACAAGCAAUUUCUAGAACUUAAAUCUAUCAUUUUUUUUGGUGGUAUGAUGUACAUCUUAAUAAUAUUCCUACCAAUGUUGUACGAAUAUUUUUAUCACGAAGAAUACGACGAUUACGAAAAUUUAGGUUAUCUGGAAUUUAUUGUGGAUUAUGUGUUAUCAUCAUUUAACGAAGCAUUUGGUGGUAUUUUCGCUGGUGUAAAACAAAUUUUUUUCUAUCCACAUGCAUGUAAGAAAUGCAACAAUAUCGCAUAAAUUAACGACGAGCGCACACCAUGUACGAGCUUCAAAAUGUUUUACUAUGGUUUGUUCUUUAUUGAUUGAUAUUUGUUUUGUAACAGACAAGUAUUUUUGUAAUUGAUUCUGCAUUCUCGCAUAUUUGUAUACUAUAUGGGUGUUUACAAUUAAAACUUUAUUCGAGGA